UUAAAGAAUGUAUAAAUUGUUAGUAUGUACUUGACACAAACAUAUAGAAAGUUAUUGAUAUUAUGUAAAAGAUAAAUUCAUUUAAAAUCCAUGUUAAUAAAAGUUUCAAGUACCAAAUUUUUUUAAAUGGAAAAGAUACUGGAUUUGGCUCGUUCACUUAAAUGCACUGAAAUAAUAAAUGUAAGAAAAGAACUCACAGAAAAGAGCACAAAUCGGACUUUCAAAUAUCUUUUAGUAAUAGACUUUGAAGCUACAUGCUGGAAUAGAAAUGAUCCUGAUCGGGGAUACAGUGAGAUUAUAGAAUUUCCAUGCAUUUUAUACAGUGUAGAAGGAAAUAAAAUAAUAUCUUAUUUUCAACAAUAUGUUAUGCCAAUAGAGAAUACGAAGUUGAGCAAAUUUUGCACAGAAUUAACUGGAAUUUCUCAACAAACAGUUGAUAAUGGUGUUCCACUAAAAACAUGUAUGAUGUUAUUUCUAAAGUGGUUGGAACAUAUAAAAAAUAAAUACAAUGUUUCAAUUGGUAAAUUUGUGCCCAACAAUUGCAUCUUUGCCACUUGGUCAGAUUGGGAUAUACGAAAUUGUUUGAAAAAUGAAUGUAGACGAAAACAAAUUGUUCUACCAGAAAUAUUUACUAAAUGGAUAGACAUUAGAGCUUUAUACACAAAACACUAUAUGAGAAGGCCAAAAGGUUUACUUGGUGCAUUAGGAGAACUUGGAUUAGAAUUUGAGGGAAGACAACAUUGUGGACUAGAUGAUGCGAAGAAUACUGCUAAAUUAGUUGGAAGAAUGGUCAGUGAAGGAGUAAUUUUGAAAUGUACCAGUUGUUUGUAAGUGUAAAAGAUCAUGAACAUUUUUGGGAUAAUUUGAAUUAUUUGUUUCUUAUUUGGUGUUUUAAAUAAAAAUUCAUUUUAUUUUU